UCCAAUCACGAGUGUCCUGCCUUUGCAUCCGACGCCAAGCUCUGCUUGGGGGAUCGUCGUCUGGAAGCCUCCACCACCUGCCCAUCUUUUACUGGCAAGCCUCGCUUUCUCUUCUGCCUCUUGCCUCCUCAUCAUCUCCGGCGUGCGCGCAAAGCAACGCGUUGCCGAAGCGCGCAUGUCGUCUCACCAUCAGCCAUUGCCUGCUGGCGGCGUAUCUGCCUCUUCGGUUUCGGGAUGGCCAUCAGCUCAUGCAGGGAUCGAAAGCUCUCAUCAGCAACCCAACGCAUCUCGCGUCGAUGUGGGCUCGAGCGAUGCUGGCAGCAACUUGGCCGCAUGGGAGAGACCUCGAGUUCGGGCUGAAGGGCCUGGAGGGCCAGAGGUGAAGCAGGGGGCUAGAAUAGCCUGCCUGGACUGUCGCCUGGCCAAAAUUCGAUGCUCAGCCCCAACAGACGGAAUCGUGCCGUGCAAGCGCUGUGCGAGGCAUGACAGGGAGUGCGUUUUUGAGAAGCAUCGCCGAGGACGCAAGCCUGGAAGAUGGAACGGAGCCGGGCCCCCAGCUUCAGGACACUCGCACGAAGCGCACUACUCUGGCUCUGCCUCCACAAGCAGCUCGCCCGUCGAAUUCAGGCGACCGAGAUCGGAACACCACUCCGAGCCCAGCGUCAUGGUCCCCGCGCCUGCCUCUCAGCACUAUCCAACCCAUCAUCCUGGCAUGGACACUGUGAGCAGUUUUGGUCGCCCCGCCUCUCAGUGGAGCAGCAAUGCACCUCGCAACUCCAACGAGUACGGACGGUCUCAGGUGGCGCAGGCGAUUCCCGACGUGCACAGCUCGCAUCGCACGGCUCAUGGCAGUCGGUCAGAUGGCCACGCUCAACAUGCUUCGGAACACUUCUCGAUGGGCAGCGCAGUGCACGAAUCGGGUGCCGCCGGUCGAAGCAGCGUCGGCACUCCUGGCUCCGCGUCCAGCUACUCGCCCAUGAUCCCAAAUAUGAGGUCUGCUUCCGCAAGCGCCACGUCGCAGUCUUCUCUUCGCAGCGCAGCCUGGCCAGGCCCGAUCAGUAUGCCACCCCCGGUGCGUCUACACAGCGCCAACACGCUCGAACAUCACACACCAGGGACAGCCAGCAUCCCACGUUCAUGGAACGACUUUGCGAGCCCGAGUCGCAGCCUCUUGUCCCCGGGAAUGAGCCUGGCCUACGGUACUCCUGGCUCCGCUACCGGGAAUGUUCACCCAGGGUCGCAUUUGACCACGUCCGCUCCCCAUCCUGCUGCAUCGCCCAUGGCGGGGACGCCCAAACGCAAGGCGGACGAAGACGCCCAGUCUUACAUCGGCGACUCUCAUCGUUUCACCAACGAGGAUGCGAAGCGGCCGCGUGCGAGCGAUCCAGCAGUGCGAUCAGAGCCGAGCGAGUCCAUACCGAUGGAGACAAACUCAGCGGCUAGCACUUCCGAAGAGGAUGAUGCGGACGAGAUCGAUCAGCUCGAUGAGGACGCGCUUGGGGAGGGCGCGGAUAACGAGGACGUGCUUCAAAUCCCGCUCAGAUUACUGGCUCACGCCAGCGAAGGGAUGGCCGCGACGAAAGCUGGCGAGCAAAAGCAGAGCACUGGAGCUGCAACAAUCGGACUCGUAAGCCCACCACGCCCACGACCUCGCCCAAGCAUGCUCAGCCACCUGGUAGCUGCCGCAGGUGCCCACCAUCCCAUGCGCGAUCGCACGCUUCCCAGGUUGCCGCACGUCUCAACCAUGGCGGCUCGCAGCAACAUCCGCACACAGAUGAGUCCACCAGCACCUCGACCAAGCAUCAUCGGACGAUCGAGGAGCUAUACUGCCAUCGAGGCCGCAAGCGUGCAAGCUCGUCUCAAGCAAGAGGCUAUGAUGGAGGCCAUCCAACAAGCGGCUGCAGCUGAAAGACCACAGGUGCUGGGAACGUCCCCUUCUCCGGCGCCUUCGAACGUCAUUGUCGGCAAUCUCAUGGGCGCGGUAAAGGAUGCUUCCAAUGCCAUCAUUGAUGCAGGGGCUUACGAAUAUCGAGGCGGCAAAACGAGGUCCAAAGCUGGCAUCACCGGCAGCGCCACGACACCGACCUCUGCCAGCGGGCCAGAUGCCUCACAAGAGCCUCCCGAAGACCUCGCUGGUGGUCACAGUGAGACGGCUGCUGCGCGCAGCAGGUCUUCUCGCCCCGUGUCAAGUGGUCGCGGCCCGGAGAGCGAGAGUCCGGCACCCCCCACCGGUACCUCUCACACUGGCAGCAACACCGGGAGUGGGUCAGGAGGAAUGCGCAGGCCUAAAAGCGGCGUGCGCGCGCUGCGCAGACGCUCUCGAGCUGGCAUGGACGAUGUGGAGCUUGGCAGCGGCGCUCACAUUGCAGGAGACACGCCUGCGUUGGACGGUGCUGCUGAACGAUCAGAUGAGCUCGAGGCAGGGGCAUCUCACCCGGAAUACUGGAUGUUGAGCCCCUUUGCAUCGAAGCUGGACGUUGAGAAGGGUGAUCCAGUCGACGUGGGUUUUGCGACCAUGUCGGAACUGCGAGACUUGUUCGACAUUUUCUUCAACCGCAUCAAUCCGCUACUCAACCUAUUGGAUCCCUUUCUCCACAGCGUUUCUUACACGCGCAGCCGAUCUGCCCUCUUGACGACAGUCAUUGCCGCGUUCGCUGCGCGUCUGAGCGACUCCCAGCGCGACGCAGAGCUGGCAGUCCUCAUGGAACGGCACUGGCGCGAGACGCUCGUCCCAGAAGUCUUGCUUGGCGGUUACAAGUCAGUCGAGCUGAGCCAGGCCUUUUUGCUGCUGUCACUAUACGGUAAGCCGACUCAGCGACUUGCCGACGACAGGUCUUGGCAGUACUUGGGAUACGCGAUUCGAACAGGCACAGAGAUUGGCAUCAAUCGCCGCGUCGCACCCAGCGAAAGCCUCGAAGACUCCGAACAGCUCAGACGGCGCAUCCGUAAUCGAUGGCGUACUUGGAUGUGCUUGUUCAUUAGCGACCGAACUUUGAGCGCUCAGACCGGUCGCCCUUUUACGAUUAGUACCGACGAGCUCAUCAGCAGCGUGGGCACCAACUUCCAUCGCGCCGACUGGGCUCUGCCGCAAGACGUCAGUCUGGUCAGCCUCGUGCAGCUGCGUCGCCUGAUUGCUCAGCAUGAGAGCGCCUUUAACAACUUUGUCACUGCCGCGCUCGUCGCCCAAGGCGCGCCCAGUGCUCAAGGAGAGGAGCCGGAUGGGCGUCGUCGAAGCGGAGACGUGGAUCUGCGAGAGCUCGAGGCAUACCGUCAGCAGGCCAAUUCCGACCUUGAGAGAUGGAAGGAAGCGUGGUGCGUAUCGGCAGCGGAUGAAGCGCACGUGCAGAGUCUGGCCAUGGCAGAUUUCUUGGUGCGUUGGCGUCCCACUGCGAUGCUGCACUACAGGCAUGCCCGACUCUACCUCAACAGCAUUGUCCUGCAGACCUUUGAGCAACACAGUGGCGAAGAGUACUCUAUCCCUACAGCGCUCGACUGCUGGAACAACGCGACGGCCCUCAUCGACGUGCUUCUUGACGACAUUACGCAGGAGGAUCUGGAGUCGUCUCCCAAUCAGACCGCCAUCAUGGCCACCUGGACCGCGAUGACAGCGCUUCGCCUCACAAAAUUGGACCGCGUCAAGCAUCCGUGGGUUGAUCGCUACGCCAUCAUUGAUCGAGCCAAGCGUCUCGCAAAAGCCUUGGCGCGAGCUGGUCGCUCUCCCGCGCAUCGCAAUGGUGCUGCUGGACCGUACGGAAGCUGGCUGCGAUCCGUGCUCGAGCUGUACAUUCCAGAAUCCGAAAGAGCCGAUCACUCUGCCGCCUCGCCGCUCUUGCGCACAAAGCCGGACAUCAAGAUGGACGCUUCUGAAGAAAUGUCUUUGAACGGCGACUCGACCAGCCCCUCGGCUUCCAGCGCGCUCGUGGGUCUGGCUCUGGACGACGCUGCACCAGAUCGCUCCAGCUCUGAGCCCAGCGUCGCAGCUUCUACAGCGAUCUCUGAAGCGACCUUGCUCGCGCAUGCGGUGCCGCUCCUGUCGAGCACCAACGAGAUGAGUGUCGAAGGUGCUAUUACGACGGCUGAACCGGUUUCCUCACAAGUGAAGCCCAGCUCGGGUUCGGUGAUCGGUCUCACCGAAGCCGAACACCUCUUCGCUGCUGGUCUUCCCCUCACGCACGGCUCCAGCUCGCCCGCAAACGUUGCGUCUCUGAGCGACAAGAAGCCAGAUGUGAGCGACUUUGCGCGAGGUGCUGCGAUUGCUACCAUGCCUCCAGUCGCUCACGGCACGAUUGGAUCUGCUAUGCCGUCGACUACAACUACCGCGGCGGCCGCGGCUCCACCGCCAAGCGGAGAGCACCAGCCUUCUUCCGAUCCCGAACACAACAUUGACAUGGCUUUCGACUACCUUACUGCUUUCAACAGUCCUUCGUCUGGCUUCCCUGGCGGUUUGUGGCAACCGCAGUCUACCUGGGGCGGCGGCAUGUCCUGACUGAAGUCAUCCACUACGACUAUAUGCAGGCCUUUUACACCAAAUCGUCUUGCACCUUUUGUCUGUUCCCUUUUGCAUCCCGUUGACUUCUUCAUGUCACCCUGCCUCUCCUAACCCUUUUGUCCUUUGAGUCGCUCCUCGUUACCGUGUCACCUAC